AUGCCAGUUCUGGAGCAGUUCAAGAACUUCAUCAGGCACGGAAAGGCCGCUCGCGAGGACGGGCUACCGGUCGACAACUCUGCCCCCGGUCCAUCCGCCCAGAUUCAUCCAGCCGAAACCUCGUCCUCUCGGGAUCCACAGGCCCCCAUCGGCAGCGCAACCUCGACCGCCAAUCAAGCGAGCAGACAGGCAGGCUUUGCGCCGUCGGAAAAGAGCGCGCCCGCCCCCACAAAGGCAUCGCAGGCUCACGCCUCAGCCACCGCAACGCAGAGCAGGUCCGCCGGGCAAACGUACACCAGCGCGCCAGCAGCACCACUACCGGCGAGCGUUUCGCAGUCAACAGCGUCCGGCAUGCAACAGGGUCAGACAAACAACAACGGUCAGCGCUCCCACGCUGCGCCAGCGGCUGGCACCGCGGCGGCGACGGCCAAGGGUGCGGCUGCCAACGAACAGUACCAGAAAGAGGCCGAAAGGAUUGUCGCCGAAGAACGCGAGGCGUCCGAAAAGAUGCCCCGCUACGAGGGCCUCGACGACCGCUUCACCCUGAUCUGCAAGAUGGGCGACGGCGCCUUCUCCAACGUGUACAAGGCACGCGACAAGCAAACCGGUCAGAAGGUCGCCAUCAAGGUUGUACGCAAGUACGAGCUCAACAGCAGUCAGGCGGACGGACGGCUUGACCCCAACUUCCGGAAGAAGAACCGGGUGACAGAGAGAGCCAACAUCCUCAAGGAGGUCCAGAUCAUGCGCAACCUCAAGCACCCUGGGAUCGUCGAGCUGCUUUCUUUCUCAGAGUCGCGCGAGUACUACUUCCUCGUGCUCGAGCUUCUCGAGGGCGGAGAGCUCUUCCACCAGAUCGUCAAGCUCACGUAUUUUAGCGAGGCGCUUGCGAGGCACGUCAUCUUGCAAGUCGCCCACGGCAUCCGCUACCUGCACGAGGAGCGCGGUGUCGUCCAUCGCGAUAUCAAGCCCGAGAACCUUCUCUUCGAGUCGAUCAAGGUGAUCCCGUCCAAGAAUCCGGUCCAGCGCCCUUACGACGAGGACAAGGAAGACGAGGGCGAGUUCAUGCCCGGGAUUGGAGGAGGUGGCAUCGGCCGGGUCAAGAUCGCCGACUUUGGCCUCAGCAAGGUCGUGUGGGAAGAGAGCACGAUGACGCCGUGCGGCACCGUCGGCUACACGGCGCCCGAAAUCGUCAAGGACGAGCGGUACUCGAAGAGCGUCGACAUGUGGGCGCUUGGCUGCGUCCUGUACACGCUCCUGUGCGGCUUCCCGCCGUUCUACGACGAGUCGAUUUCCGUACUUACGGAAAAGGUGGCCAAGGGCUACUACACCUUCCUCAGCCCGUGGUGGGACGACAUCAGCGAGGAGUCCAAGGACCUCAUCACGCACCUCCUCUGCGUCGACCCUCGGCAGCGCUACACGAUCGACGAGUUCCUGGCCCACCCGUGGUGCAACGUCAAGGACCCGGUGCCCAACCUCGACUCGGCCGACAUCCUGCUGGCCAAGACGUCCGAGAUGCCGCUCGACUCGCCGCUGCUGGCGGCCAUGAAGACGGGCAACCCGGCGCGCAACGCCAUGAUGUCGCCCGGCAUCAACCGGCUCAAGGAGGCCUUCGACGUCACCUACGCCGUCCACCGGAUGGAGGAGGAGGGCGCGCGGAGGCGGCAGGGGGCGCAGGCGCCGCUGGGCGAGCUCAACGAAGAGGACGAGAGCGACGAGGUCGACGAGACGCGCCGCAAGCACGGCGAGCAGGCCGGACGCGCCGUCGAGCAACAUCGCGUACCUCGACAUGUCGAACAGCCGCAGCAACCCCAGCAGCAGCAGCAGCAGCCAGCGCAACAGCAGCAGCAGCAGUACCAGGGGCGCGGUGGCGCUGACCGCAAGCUUGCCGAGGCUGCGCUGUACGAAGGCCGAGCUGGGCCGCGCGAUCGUGGCAACCACGGCAGCUCGGGUCGCAAGCGCGGCUUUGAGCUCAACAUGAGCGGCGCCACGCUGCUGGGACGGAGGAACAAGGCGGGCGGCGGCAUGAACGGCUUCCGUCUCGACGCCAACGGCAACCCGGUCAUCGACGGCGCGCACGCCGCGGGCAUCGUGCCGGGGAGUCCGAUGCGGGUCGACUAG